AUGACUCUUCCCAGGGCCAGCUCAGCCAACAGAGGGCCAGAAGAGACCCAGGGGGCCAGAGGAGAACGGGUGGCACUGGUCAACAUGGAACUUCUUGGGUUGCCUAACAUUGGCAACACUUGCUUCCUUAACGCCACCCUACAGUGCCUCCUGGUCCUGCCAUCCUUCUCAAAGGAAAUCCUGCACCAGGAACAACUCUGGAGCUCCUCCCCCUUCUCCAACCUGCUCAGGACUCUGUCUGAUGUGCACCGUUCGGGUCGACCUGACAGUGUGGCAAACCAGGCCUCAAAAGCAGACCUCAUGUGGAAGGUCAAGUACUCCUUGUCGGGAUACGAUUUGAAGUAUCUGGGGGACACGCAACAGGACGCACACGAGUUACUUGUCGAUAUGCUGUGCCAGCUGAAGGAGGAGGGCAUGAUUCUGAAGACACUCGGGAUGAACUAUACCUGCCCUGUUUCCCAGCUGGAGUUCCAACUUGUGUCGGUGCGCACAUGUACCAGCUGUGGGCGCGAGUCGUCUACCAGAGAGGACUACAACCACCUCUCAUUGGACUUCAGCCCUGAGCGCACCUUGCUGAGCAGCCUGGCACUCACUUUCAAAAGUGAAAAGGUUGAAUUCACAUGUGAGGGCUGUAAAGGCCUCCACGCCUCAAAGGUGGAGCAGUUCCACACACUGCCUCUGUGAGUUGUCCCUUUAUAACCUCUCAUAGUACUAGCAGUGUUUAAUGUCCUGGGCCUUUAGGAGUAGUUACCUUCCUGAGCAGGUUGUAGGACUUAGAGGUGAGCACCGCCAAACAAAUUUCACUCAUCUGUUAUUUUGUUGACUGGUUUCAUUGUCUGUCUGUUCAU